GCGGUUGUCCCGUGUCUCACCGGUCUCCACGCGUCACGGCACACAUCUCGUCUGAUAGGAGGACAUCCACAGCGCCUCCCUCCCAUCCGUCUCUCUCCCCUCUCCUCUCUCCUCUCUCCUCGUCGCUCGUGUUUACUGUAGGUGAGAGAUGGUCGUAUAAAUUCCUGAGUGUGCGCAGAUCGCGUCCUCAGAGGGGGAAUGGAAAAGGAGGAGCAGGAAAACAAGCGAAUCGAGGGAGCGGAGCCGUAGAUGUGUUUACUGUUUAGCGGAAUUAACGCAGGAGAGACGCGCACUUCCACAGAACCACCGAUCACUGGAUGCAGAGAAGAAGGAGGAGGAGGAGGAGAAGGAGGAGGGAGAUUGUGGAUGCUGGAGAGGAAGAAUUAUUAGCCGCUUGCUGUUAGAAUACACCUUAAACCAAAGUGGAAUACGCGUUUGCAAUUAACAGCGAUGGACUCCAGCUGUCAGCACUGAGGGUCCCAGUUCUCCGUUCUUUCUGAUGACCACAGGCCCUCAUGGCGCUCAUCCAUGAACCUCGUGCCCCUUCACCCUCUCUCUCCGGCUUCAACACUCCCCUCUCCGAUCCCCCGUCCUUUCGCCGUCUCGAUGCCGAAACACCCUGCACCCCGGAAAUGGACCUGACCCCAACCCAGUGCGUCCUUCGCAACGUCCUCUCCAUAGACACUGGAGGUGCUGUGGAGCCCGGGGGUGGAGGAGGAGAAGGACAGACCGCCGGACACAACCAGACGCCCAGCGAGGAGCAACAAGAGCACUUUGCCAACAGCGUCCUGAAGCUCCACGAGCACGAUGGGAAUCCAGGACGGACGGAAGGAGAGGGGCAGGAGGCGGACGGCAGCGUGGUCAGGAGCCAGGCGGACAACGCCAGGUUACAGUGCCAGUCCACAGGAGGAGGAGGAGGAGGAGGCUUUCUCGAGGGGUUGUUUGGGUGUCUGCGGCCUGUCUGGACUAUGAUUGGCAAAGCUUAUUCCACAGAGCACAAGCACGACCUGGACGAGGCGUGGGAGGUCCCAUUCGAGGAGAUAUCGGACCUGCAGUGGGUGGGCAGCGGAGCUCAGGGUGCCGUCUUCCUCGGGAAACUGCACGGACAGGAGGUGGCUGUGAAGAAAGUGCGGAACAUCAAAGAGACGGAUAUCAAGCACCUGCGGAAGCUCCAACAUCCCAACAUCAUCACCUUCAAAGGUAUCUGUACCCAGGCUCCAUGCUACUGCAUCAUCAUGGAGUACUGCGCCCAGGGACAGCUGUACGAAGUGCUGAGAGCAGGCCGGAAGAUCUCUCCAUCCCUCCUCAUGGACUGGGCCAUGGGUAUCGCUGGAGGCAUGAACUAUCUUCACCUCCACAAGAUCAUCCACAGAGACCUCAAGUCACCCAACAUGCUGAUCACCUACGAUGACGCAGUGAAGAUUUCUGAUUUCGGCACAUCCAAGGAGCUCAGUGACAAGAGCACUAAGAUGUCCUUUGCUGGGACUGUGGCCUGGAUGGCUCCCGAGGUCAUACGCAACGAACCCGUCUCAGAGAAGGUGGAUAUUUGGUCCUUCGGCGUUGUGCUGUGGGAGAUGUUGACAGGAGAGGUGCCCUAUAAGGAUGUGGACUCCUCCGCUAUCAUCUGGGGAGUCGGCAACAACAGUCUGCAGCUGCCUGUACCUGAUAGCUGUCCAGACAGCUUCAAACUGCUCCUGAGGCUAUGCUGGAACUGCAAGCCCAGAAACAGACCUUCAUUUCGACAGAUCCUCCUGCAUUUGGACAUUGCGUCUGCAGAUAUAUUAUCUACCCCACAGGAAACUUACUUCCAGUCUCAGGCGGAGUGGAGAGAUGAGGUGAGGCACCAUUUUGAGAAGAUCAAGUCUGAGGGGACGUGUCUUCACAGGCUGGAUGAGGAACUGAUCAAACGACGCAGAGAAGAACUCAGACAUGCUUUGGACAUCCGGGAGCACUAUGAGAGGAAACUGGAGAGAGCCAAUAAUCUCUACAUGGAACUCAAUGCCAUCAUGCUACAGCUGGAGAUCAAAGAGAAAGAGCUGCUCAAGAGGGAGCAUUCGCUGGACAAGAAGUACCCGGGCUGCUUCAAGCACCACAGCUCCAGACAGUCAGCCUCCUCCAACUCGAUGGAGAAACUCAUGAAGAAACGCAACGUACCUCAGAAACUUCCCUCACACAGCAAGAGGCCAGACUUACUAAAGUCAGAGGUAAUCCUCCCAAAACUGGACUCAUCCGUGACCCAGGUCACCAUACCCAACAAAGGCUCUACCUCCCCUGGCCGCUCACGCCGAGGAAAACCUCGCUACAGGAAGGCUGGCAAGGGCAGCAGUGGAGACUUAGCUCAGCUUAAAGCCACUCUGUCCUCGUCUUUAGCAAUGGUCAACGCCACCUCGUCUGUCUCCAGCAGCAAGCACCACCUAGACCCCAGUGCAGCCCUCAGGGGCCUGCAGCAUGACCUGCUGCUCAAGAAGAUGUCCUCCUCCAGCCCUGACCUCAUUUCGACCACCCUGGAGGCUGAAGGCCGGAGGAUGGGGCAGUUGAGGCAGGGACUGGACAGAGCGGGCAGUCAGAGCGCCUCAGCUGGGCUAGGAGAAAGCAGAAGGACUGGAGGGCCUGAGGAGGGGCCCGACGUGGGUGUAGGGGCUGACGACUUGGCAGAAACGCCUCCACGCAGCGACACGCCCAGCGAAGAUGCAGCAUCUAUUCCGUUCUCCAGCAGUCCCGACUCUCCGUGUGGCAGAGGAGCAGCCGCAGGGAGGACGUCUGUACUGGGGAACCCUCGUGUGCCCCACGAGGGUGAGGAGAAGGAGGACGGGACGGUGAUCACACGCUCACCCAGGAGUCAACGCCUCACACCUGCAGCACUGCUCUACAGGGCGGCAGUCACACGCAGUCAGAGACGUGGAGUGUCUUCGGAGGAAGAGGAAGGAGAAGUGGACAGUGAAGUGGAGCUGCCAAGGAGACGGCGGCCUGUGAGCAUCACCAAAUGCCAGUCCCUGUCGACCUUCAGCUCAGAGAACUUAUCAGUCUCGGACGGUGAAGAGGGAAACACUACUGACCACUCCCACAGCGGCACACCCGACGUGGUCAGCACAAACACCGACGAACGUCUGGACGACAAGAGCGACGACCUGCUGUCUCAGGGCUCGGAGAUUCCUGCUGACCCGUCUGACCCGACCCAGCUGGGCUCUGACGGGUUGUCUGAAAAGGAAGCUGUUCUGCAACAAGUCAAAACGCAGCUCGUUUCUAACGGCCGUAAUUAUGAGGGCCUGUAUGAUGACUCAGACUGUGACAGUGCAGAGUUGGAUCAUUCAUGCAGUGCAGAGCCUUGCCAACCUCCAACCAGCUGGUGAAAAGCUGACACCUCAACCCACUCAAACACCCACAGAUCUGUCCUCUGAAUACCUCGAACAGACCUUAGACAACCCAGAGGCAUGAUCAGGGACGUUGCAGAGAGGCAGGCAGAAAAAGAUCUGCAUUUUAAAAAAAUCUGAUAUCCUGAGAGGGGGAAAAAAACAUCCUGUUCUCUUUUCAAAUAAAUGCGUCACAGGGAUGUGAAACUGAAUUGUGGCACUCGCUGAGCUGACAGAACAACAGCCCCCUGUGUGUUAUCGCCAUAGCAAGAUCAGCUUUGCAAAAACGCAUCAAAGGACAACUCAGCAAGAGGCCUCAGUCAUAGAGGCCAAUAACCAGACUGUCCAGUAAUGUCUCCCGUCACCUUCCACGUUAUUUUUUAGUUUUAUCUCCGUCAUGAAAGUAUGUGUUAAGCCAUUUCACAUCGUGUCAUAUGAAAACAUGAACUUCCUUCAGGGCUUCUGUAACAUUUUAAAGUUUUAACUGUCUGGGGCAGCCACUGAUGUUGUUCCUCGCUCUCAAUUUAUGAAAUGUACAGAUUUUCUCAUAAUCGUUGUGUCAUAAUACAUUUCCUCUCAAAACGUUAUGCACAGAUUAAUUUAUUAUUAUUUUACAAUGAAUUGAUUUUUCAAAGCAAUGUUUACAUUUUUUUAUUUACAUUUGCAUCGUGGAUUCCGUUUCCGUUUUCUACUCCUGUGUUUUAAUAUUAAUGUAAAUAUGUGAUGUUGUAAAAUGAACAAAUUUUUAAAAUGUGAGAUUGUAUAAUUUAAGGUGCUGAUGUUUCUAAUUAGGUGGCACUAUUCUAUUUGAACCUCAAGAAGUUUAUGGUGGUAGAAUGUACUGUAGCUGCCGUUCAUGUAUGAGCAUCAAAACACGGAUAAAACUAAAAAAAAGAGCAGCAAAAUGUGAACAAAGAACAAAAAUGUCUGCCAUGGUUCCAUAACUCGGUUCAUAAGGGACGGAUAAGCUUUUUUUGUUGUAUUUUUUACUUAGUAUUGCAGUGUUUUCUGUAUUAAAAUGCAAUACCAGUUUGGAAAUCCCUUUCUGGGCAUUUGGGGGUGUAUAUAUCAUUUUUUUUAAAAAGCAGUCAUUGCUUGUGACGCAAGUCAAAAUGAAAUGUUAGAUCCAUCCAUAGAGGAAGAAAUGCAACAAAUGAAAGACUGCAGUUUAAUGACUGAAGGCAUGUGUAUGACAGGGACGCAAAACACCAACAUAGAUCUCAGAAUGAAUUACAUAAGCUUCCAUUCAUUAUCAUCUAUCUCACUCAGUCCAAUCAUAACCUGAUAUGCUGAGUUUAGGUCAUUUUAGUCAAACUAAAAGUGCGUGUCCCCUUUAUGCAAAUGCCCUUGAGUCUAUAUUGUGGUUUCUAGUUUGGUUUUAGCAAAUGAAAUCACAGAGCAGUCAGUCAAGACAUUUUGGCUUACUCAGUGUCAGAGGAGUAAAAAUAAAAUGUUGAACCCCAACUUGGAAGAUUUUCCAGCUCAUAAAAUCAGGACCUUGUCAUUAUUAUUUGCAGAAUUUUUCCAUUUUAACCUAAACCGAGAUAGUGAAGCUUUACAGGCUCACGUUGUUGUUCAUCUGCUCGCACAACGUCCACCUUAACUUUGUCCUCACCAGCUGAAAUCUGGACCAUCUGUUGGUCAUUUUUCACAUAAGUGCAAGGGCUGCAUCAUAACAAAAUACAUAAAACCCUGACGCUGAUGCAUUUAUGUCCAUAGAGAAGCCUUCUGAAUGUGCUUCAGUCUGACUGUUCAACAGCACAUUGCAUCCCGUUCUGUUCAUCUUUGACUGAUCAGGUCGCACUCAAUAAGCUAGAAAUGGCAGCUUUUUUUUGCUUUUCAAAUCAGGUCAUAUGUUUUAAAGUUUACAUUUAUAGAGCAUUUUUUUUAACUGUGCCCCCCAAGAUUUAAAGCUAGAAAUCCUCCAGCAGGACAAAAUGUUGCCAAAAAGCAAAACUACUGCCCUCUAGUGUCUGGGUCAUGGAGGUACUUGUGUUUCCCGUGCAGCCGAUUGAAACAAACCCACAUGGACUGAAAUGUUUGCUUUUUAUACUGCAUUAUUGUAACUGUACAAUAAAUAUAUUUAAGAAACAAUUUAAAAUAAAAUCAAACUUGUAAAAUCUCAA